GAACAACAACAACAUUGUCGUGCGGGCAUUAUAUAACAAUCACAAUAAAUUGCCUCCAUUAUGAAUUUGGCCGGUAAGGUGGUGCUCAUCACCGGGGCGAGCAGUGGCAUCGGUGCGGCGGCUGCCCUCAAGUUCUCCCAGCUCGGUGCCUCCCUUGCACUCAGUGGACGCAAGGUGGACAAUCUGAACGAAGUCGCCAAACAGUGUUCCGGUGCACCGUUUGUUGUUGCGGGGGACAUUACGAAGGAGGCGGACACGGAACGCAUCCUGAAGGCAACCAUCGAGAAGUACGGCAAGCUGGAUGUGCUGGUAAACAAUGCGGGAAUCAUCGAAACGGGCACGAUCGAGACGACCAGUCUGGAGCAGUUCGAUCGGGUGAUGAACACCAACAUCCGGUCGGUGUACCAUCUGACGAUGCUGGCCGUACCGCACCUAAUCCAGUCGAAGGGCAAUGUGGUGAACGUUUCGAGCGUGAACGGUAUCCGUUCGUUCCCGGGCGUGCUGGCGUACAACAUUUCGAAGAUUGCCGUCGAUCAGUUUACGCGCUGCGUUGCGCUCGAGCUGGCGGCCAAAGGUGUGCGGGUGAACUGCGUCAAUCCGGGCGUUACGGUGACCAAUCUGCACAAGCGUGGCGGUAUGGACGAGCAAACGUACGCCAAGUUUUUGGAGCAUUCCCGAAACACGCACGCCAUGGGCCGGCCGGGACAGGCUUCGGAGGUGGCCGACGCCAUUGUCUUUCUGGCGAGUGACGCUUCGUCGUUCAUUACCGGCGCUAGUUUGCCGGUCGACGGUGGUCGGCAUGCGAUGUGUCCUCGCUAA